AAGUGGCCCCCGCCAGUCCCCGCAGGCGGGCAGGAGCUCGGAGACCAUUGGCUGGCAAGCUGGCUGCGCAGGGGCGGGGAGCGCCGCCGAAGGGGACUGUUUGCUCCUACGGGCUGUAGAUGGAGCUGUCCGGCCCCGGCGAGGGGGAAGGCGCCUGGAAAACGUUCUUCUUCUCCCUGGCCGGCCCGAGCGGGGAACAGCACUCCCAGGAUGCAGUUUGUGUCAACACGGCCGCAGCCUCAGCAGCUGGGCAUCCAGGGCCUGGGGCUGGACAGCGGGAGCUGGAGCUGGGCCCAGGCUCUGCCCCCGGAGGAGGUCUGCCACCAGGAGCCGGCGCUGCGCGGGGAAAUGGCCGAGGGAAUGCCGCCCAUGCAGGCUCAAGAGUGGGACAUGGAUGCCCGGCGACCGAUGCCUUUCCAGUUCCCGCCCUUCCCAGACAGGGCACCUGUCUUCCCUGACCGCAUGAUGAGAGAGCCCCAGCUGCCCACGGCGGAGAUCUCACUCUGGACCGUGGUGGCCGCCAUCCAGGCUGUGGAAAGGAAGGUGGAGGCCCAGGCCAGCCAGCUGCUAAAUCUGGAGGGGCGGACAGGGACAGCCGAGAAGAAGCUGGCCGACUGCGAGAAGACGGCCGUGGAGUUCGGCAACCACAUGGAGAGCAAGUGGGCCGUGCUGGGGACCCUGCUGCAGGAGUACGGGCUGCUGCAGAGGCGGCUGGAGAACAUGGAGAACCUGCUGAGGAACAGGAACUUCUGGGUCCUGAGGCUGCCCCCGGGCAGCAAGGGGGAGGUCCCCAAGGUUCCCGUGACGUUUGUCGACAUCGCUGUUUACUUCUCUGAGGAUGAGUGGAAGAACUUGGACGAAUGGCAGAAGGAGCUUUACAACAACCUUGUUAAGGAGAACUAUAAAACCCUGAUGUCCCUGGACACGGAGGGUGCAGUGCCCAAGCCAGAUGCUCCAUCCCAGGUGGAGCCCAGGGAAGAGCCUUGCGUGUGGGAGCAGCGUGACCCAGAAGAGAGAGAAAUCCUAAUGGAUCCAGACACAGGAGCAGAGCCCCUGGUGUCUGCACAGGAUUCAUCCUCGCAGGUCAAAAGGGAGGAAGCCCUAUGUGUCCGGGGUCAGCGGGGCCUGGAGGAAAGAACCAUCCCCACGGAGUCCAUUACUGACUCCCCGGCCUCUGCCCAGGACCUCUUAUCCCGGAUUAAACAGGAGGAGCACCCAUGCGUAUGGGAUCAGCAGGAUCUGGCAGAGAGAGAUAUUCCAACGGACCCCAAUUCAGAGUCUCUGAUCUCAGCGCACGACAUUCUGUCAUGGAUCAAGCAGGAGGAACAGCCGUACCCAUGGGGCUCUCGCGACUCAAUGGAAGGAGAGCUCGGAUUAGAUUCUGGCCCCAGUGACGGCCUGCUGCUGGUGAAGAACCCGCCCCCCGGCCCGCAGCCGCCGCCGCCGCCGCCGGCUCCGCCCAGCCUGCCGGUGCUCCCGGCGGCCGAGAACGCGAACGCGGCGGGCGCCGGGCCCCCCGACGAAGGCUUCCCCGCGCUGGCCCGCGAGCGGGGCGCGGGCGGGGCGCAGGCGGGGGGCGCGGGCGGCGGGGGCGCGGGCGGGGGCCCCGGGGGCGGCGGCGGGGGCGGCGGCUGCGGCAGCUGCUGCCCGGGCGGCCUGCGGCGGAGCCUGCUCCUGCACGGCGCGCGCAGCAAGCCCUACUCGUGCCCCGAGUGCGGCAAGAGUUUCGGCGUGCGCAAGAGCCUCAUCAUCCACCACCGCAGCCAUACCAAGGAGCGGCCGUACGAGUGCGCCGAGUGCGAGAAGAGCUUCAACUGCCACUCGGGCCUCAUCCGCCACCAGAUGACGCACCGCGGCGAGCGGCCCUACAAGUGCUCCGAGUGCGAGAAGACCUACAGCCGCAAGGAGCACCUGCAGAACCACCAGCGGCUGCACACGGGCGAGCGGCCCUUCCAGUGCGCGCUCUGCGGCAAGAGCUUCAUCCGCAAGCAGAACCUGCUCAAGCACCAGCGCAUCCACACGGGCGAGCGGCCCUACACGUGCGGCGAGUGCGGCAAGAGCUUCCGCUACAAGGAGUCGCUCAAGGACCACCUGCGUGUGCACAGCGGCGGCCCCGGGCUCAGCGCCCCUCGGCCGCUCCAGGCGCCGCCUGAGCACGACUAGGGCUGGGCUGGGGGAGGGGAGGGCCCGGAGGCGGGAG